AUGAGGAACAACAUAAUGUUGUAGCGUAAUCAUGGAGAAAAUCGGAAAGGGUAUAAUUUUAAAAAGCGGAGAGCUGAAACGUGAGAUCGAAAUUCUAAUUUUGCCACCGUGUAGAUGAGAAAAAGUGAUAAUGUUAUUGUGUAAUUUGUUUGUAAUUUGUACACAAUUUGGAUGUUUGAACAGUUUUACUCUGGUCUAAAUCCAGGAAAAAAUAAAAGUGAUUUUGGCAUAAAUCUGAUAUGAGAAACAAAUGACUAUCUGAUAAUCUCAAGACCUUCCUAGGAAAUUCUGCUUAUUUGAAAUAAUCAAGUUUUGGUAAUGUCAAUGUAUGACGUAUUAUACGUUCUUGGAAACAGAAUUAUAUAUUUGUGCAAAAAACCGAUAUGGCGUACAUAAGAAAAAAUAAAGUUGAUGCUGCAGGACCAGAGACGAAACGUCGUAUUGAAAUUGCAAUUAUGCCAUCUUGUCGAGGAGGAAAAGUGACAAUGCAAAUGUGCAAUUUAUUUUGAGAUCACGCCACAAAUAAAAUCAGAAAAAAUUCAAAACUGUUUUGGGAACAUUCGGUGUUUCGUCUCUCUCCGGCAGCACUUUGAAUUUCGAAACUGUUUUAGCGGUAUUUUGUUAACCACCUAAAUAUGCGACUUAGCCCCCUUUUAGGCGACUUCGUAUCUAUAUCAGUUUCCGAGAUUCCAAUGGUGAGGAUAGAAUUUGAAGCUCCCUGUAUAUAGUGAAAAGAUACACAUGAAUCACGAAAUAAUGAAAACUAUUAAAUGCACAAACAUUAAUUGUGUAACAGCUGGUCUGAAAUAAAUAUAUAACAUGCAUUACUCACCCAAAUCGCGUCGGCCGUUUUCACUAAUAUCUUCUUGUCACAAGGGCAGCUGCACUGAUUUUAACAUGGCGGCGGGAUCUCCGCUGAGAAAAACCCAUGUUGAGGAACCCGAUGAUGGACACAUAAGGACUUAAUCAGGAAUAAGAAAUGGAAAGAAAACAUUUUUAUGAAAAUUUAACUGGUCUCCAAACUCCCAUGCAUCGUGCCCAUGAUUCAUGGUAGAGAUAGAUAAAGCUUGACAUCUAAGCACAUUUGCCCGCCAUUUGUUUUUCAGAACCAAAGUACAAAUGGACCAAAAAGAAAUGAAAUAAAGAAUAAAUAAGCAUAUGUAGCACUUACGUUCUGAUAUCUAGCAAAUUGUUCCACCAAACGCACUGCCACUGCACACAACUGUAG